AUGCCACUCGUGCACCGCAGGUUCCAGGAUCGGCUCGCCGCCCAGAUCCAGACCAGGAAGACCAACGAUGGCGCCGUCAUCGAGAACCCCUUGGCGUACAUGACGGACAAGGAGUUGGAGGAAGAUGUCAAAGAAUUCGCACAGAAGAAACUGCCCGUCGUUCCGUACGAGCAAAUCUUGCGCGCCGCAAGGGUGGCCAAGGAUAUCCGCAUGUACGAUGAAAUCGCGCGACGGCCGGGCUUUGACAGUCGCCACCACCUCCCAGUCACCCUUACCGAAGACGAGAAGACCGCCCUGCGAAGAGAACGAGAUGUCACCUUUAGCGAACGGGGAAUGUGGACCGUCAUUGCCACAGUCUCCUUGGCAGCCCUGCUGCAGGGUUUCGUCCAAUCCUCUUGGAACGGCGCCGCGUUAUAUGACAAUCAGUGGGGACUCACAACGACGGAGGCAGACCAACGGAGCGAAUCUGACGAUUGGCGCCUCGGGGCGGCCAAUGCCUCGCCUUGGUUUGUCGCCGCCCUCAUCGGCUGUCCCCUGUCCCUGCCCAUCAACUAUUGGUACGGCAGGAGAGGCGGAAUCGCCGUUGCGGCGGCAUUGAUAUUCUGCAGCUCUGUUGGGGCUGUGUUUGCGAAGACGUGGAUUGACUUGAUGUGCGUUCGCAUCAUCAAUGGGCUGGGGAUGGGAAUCAAGGCUGUCAGCACGCCGAUUCUGGCAUCUGAGACUGCUGUCGGCUUCUGGCGCGGCUCUGCGAUUCUGGCAUGGCAACUCUGGGUCGCAUUCGGCAUCAUGACCAGCUUCGGCUUCAACAUGAUUUUCACGACCGCACCGAGCCCUCACACCGUCUUUGCCCUCAUCAACGGCGCGCCCAUGGUGCCCAGCUUGGCCCUGUUCAUCAUCGCCAUCUGGGUCUGCCCCGAGUCGCCCCGCUACCAUCUCAUGAAGGGACCCAACUACAACGUCGAGAAGGCGUAUCGCAUUUUGCAGCGCGUUCGAAAUACUGAGUUGCAAGCGCUACGAGACCUGUACGUGGUGCACAAGGCGCUCGACCUCGAAAAUGUCGGCUUCGGCGACUUGGACGAGAACGCGGCGCUGUCGCCGGGAUUCUUUUGGGUAAUCAGGGACUUCUUCACGCAGUACAAGCAGCUGUUCCAGCAACGCCGGUUGUACAACGCGGUGAUUUCAACGGGAACUGUCAAUCUGGCACAGCAACUUUGUGGAGUCAACGUGUGCGCCUUCUACUCUGGAACUCUGUUCAGCCGUGUCGGAAACCAGUCCAUCCUUAUCGAAAUGGCAUACAGUCUUGGAUUUGGUGCAAUCAACUGGCUCUUUGCGCUACCCGCGAUCAAGCAUAUCGAUACGCUCGGCCGAAGGAAGCUACUGUUGAUGACGUUACCGUGCAUGGCCAUAACCAUGCUCGGGGCUGGGUUGGCCGGGUUUAUCGAGGACCAAAAGUUGCGCGUCGGGAUCACGGCUCUGUUCCUGUUCUUGUUUGCCAUGGCAUAUUCGCCAGGUCUAGGUCCGAUCCCGUUUACCCUCGCUUCCGAGAGCUUUCCACUGUCUCAUCGAGAAGCGGGCACCUCGUGGGCCAUUUCCAUCAACUUUUUCUUUGCUGCCAUUCUGUCCUUGUUCUUCCCAAGCGUCAAUUCCGCCAUCGGACAAACAGGCUCUCUCGGACUGUUCGCCGCGCUCAACGUCUUGGCGCUGGUGCUUGUGUUCCUGCUGGUCGAGGAGACGAAGCGGCGCAGCUUGGAAGACCUCGACCACAUCUUUGCGGUGUCGAAGCGGGACUUUAUGCGGUUCCAGAUGACGGAGAUUCUACCGUGGUUCCUCGGAAAGACGUUUCUACGGAACAGAACCAAGCGGCCGCAGCUGUACAAGGAUCUGAUCUGGGGCUCGUACGGCGGCGAGGGCGACACCCGGUCGCGCAUUAUGGACGAGCUGGACGGCGUGGAGACGGUGCGGUCCUACUCGGUCGCGCAGUCGCCGUGGAGCGAGGGCGGGCCGUCUCACAUCGCCUUCGCCAUGAGCCCCAUCACGCCCGUCUCGACCGACGAGAUCGGUCUUGUUGGGCGGAACCCCAACGCCGUGGAGAUUGGCGACAGCAGGCCCAUGGCCAGCUCCGAGUCGCCGCUCGGGAGCCACCCGCCCAGCUACCAGAACGAAGAGGGGCCUAAUACGCCGACGGACAGCCCGGAAGUGCAGUACGACGAUGUGAAAUACGACUACCGCAAGCAAGAGUGA